CUGUACCUCGGCAAUAGUCUCUUCGGAAGCGUCAGUUGAGUCGAAAGUGUUUUCGGUCUUCCAUGUUGAUUUCUCGGGACUCAGGGAUCGACCUUGUUUCCCAUAUUUUUUGUACAAGUUGGAGUUCUGAUUUUCCGCAUAAUUUGUAGUGAUUUUCGGAAGUUUCGGUUGCCAAUUGGUGGUUUUACGAAUAAAUAGUGAAGAAAAGUGUCUUCGAAAGUGAAAUCAAAGGGAAAACAUAGCUUAUUUUGUUGCGUAAAAUACAAUCUGUGGAGGUGAGAGCUAAGUGAAAAGAGUGACGUCACGUUGAAGAUCGAACAAAUUCAUCAAAAAUCCAUCGAAAAAGUGCUUUUACUCGAGGGAAGCUGAUAAAAUAACGUGAAGGGUGAAUAAAUCAACGGAAUAAGUGGGAGCAAAAUAAGAAAAAUAGAAUUACCGAGUGUGAGUUUGAUACACGCGUACACCUCUCGGUCGACAAACAGUAACCAGAUUCCAAUUUGACUUUGACCGUGAGGACAAGAAGUAGAUAGUUGGUUGGAUACCAUCGGAAUAACCGGAAGUGAGAACAGGGAACAAUACAGUUACGCAAUGAGUGCCAGAGUGUGUAAUCCGGUGGCGCUGUCGGAGAUAGCCAAGCUGCGGUCCCCGGCCGUGGUUCGGAAGCCGAUGACCAACAGUAUCUCGCUGGCCAGGGUGAAGCGGGACCUUUUCGGCCCGGUGGACAAGCAGGAGUCGAAGAAUUUCAUCGAUCGGCAGCUGGCCGCCCAAAACGAUGCCCUCAGCAAGAAGUGGGGCUUCGAUUUCACCGCCGGCGAACCUCUGCAGAAUCACGAACAGUACCAGUGGGAGCGGGUUCCACCGACGUCGGCUCCGGCCUGUUUCACCGGAAUGGUGACCCUGACCCGAGGCGCCCAUCGUGUGCCACAAAGUUCCACAAUCUCCGAGGACCUGCUGGAUCAGCGUGCCGAGCGAGAGAAUGCCAGCCUGUACCGUCAUCCGUCGUCCAUCAGUUCGCCUGCAUCCGUCUCCGGAUCGGACUCGGAAUCGGACUGUAGCUUCGAAACGGUUAGGACGCAUCCGUUGGUGCUGCGAAGUGAGACCAUUGUAUCCAUCAACACCGCAUCCACCACGACCAUCACCAGCAGCAGCACACCGUCUUUCCCAGCGACGGUCAACCGAGCGAAGCGACAGCAACGAAUCACAGACUACCUAAAGGAACGCAAACGUCUUUCAACCGGAGCCCCAAAGUCCACCGCCGCCAAGAAGGCCCGUCAGAUGCUCAUGACCUCCGCUUCCCCAUCUGCCGCCUCCAGUAUCUCGUCGUCUUCGUCAGCGAAUGCAACAGCCCAGCAGGACCACUAGAACGGGAACGAGCACAGAAUCCAAACGGCCGUGCUCGAUCUCAAAGACUGUUUAACUUGGACCUGAGGAUGCUACUGACUUUGUCGCAGUGCCGGGGACUUUCCCCCGGUGCGGUGACAAUCUCCAGCAUACGCGCGAUCUCAUUCGAACACAAAUCUAAAUUUUGUAACGUCGGUAGACUAGUAGAUAACUAUAUCGUAUAGGAUUACGACCAUUUUAGUAGACGGUGAAAUAUCCAGUAAGGAACAGACAGAAAACUAACAAAAAGAUUACUUUUUCUUCAAGAAGUCAACGUAAGACUAUGGAUCCUGUCGAAGGUUACGGAAGGUCUUUCGAUGCAACAGCCAUGCUUCAAUUUUAAUUGCUUAUGCUUAAAACCCGACUAGAUUGUAAGAAUUGUGGAGCUACAAUUGGUAGUAGCAUAUCUGAAGCCUUUUGGGACAGUUCACUGAGUGGUACCUACAAUUGAACUAGCAGGAUUUGGUACAACAGCUUUCCUUUGUGAACUUUACCCAAGUAGGUGAAACAUUGUCAAGAUUUUACCAUUGUAAAUAUAACUUAUAAGUUGACAGUGAACUUCAUAUAUAAAUAUUUUCCGAUUCCUUACCAUUUAUGAUUAUAUUUUUAUCGAUCUGUUGUGUUACUUGUUUGUUUCAAGUUUUCCGUUGUACGAAAACUCAAAACACACAAAUUCGCAACAACUGUGUAUAGUUUCAACCUAUAUUCCGCUUUAAUUUUCAUAAGUGUACAUUUCUCUGAAACUUUCCUGAACAUGUGAUUCCGGAAGAACUAUCUUCAUAAGUUUAGUUCUCCUAUGAUCAAAGCCUCUGUUCCUUCAAAAUGUUUUACAUUGAAGGAACUUCAGCUUUGACCAUCGGAAUGUUAUCACACAUUCAAAUAAGUUUCACCUAUCGUCGUUCAAAAACUCCAAGAAUGCUUAUCAUGAAUGGCCAUCACAACUCUUAUCCACCACUCGAAACGAUCUCAAAAAGAUGCUCGUUGCAAUAUCCAACCCGGAAGACGUUCGGUCUUAGUAAAAUAUCUAGCAAACUAUGGCAAUAAAAGAUUUUGAGUGCAAUACAAUCGUUUGGUGGACUUUGAGAGCCUUUCCAACUGCAUUCGAACGACUUUUUGACCGCAAACAACGGGAGCGGGUGAACAGAAAAACCCUCUCGGUGCCGGGGGAAGCAAUCUGCCGCGCAAACUAGAACUAAAAUCAAUUUGCAAGUGUGCCAAAUGUCGUCACGGGUUGUUCCCGACCGGAGGAGGGUCGUACCUUUACUGUUUUUCAUCUAUCUGAAUAGCGUUUAAGUCCUAAGAAAAGCCCUUCAAAGCAAAGAGUCAAGCUGUGUGAGUUCGAUGUCCGGUACUUCCCGGUAGGUCGAUGAUCAUUAAAUUCGAGUAAAUAAUUAUACUAAGCGUCUAGCUUCCGGUACAUACUAGUGAACCGUACUCUGCAUAAAGCAUUGCAAAUCAAUUGGUUUUCGUUUCAAACAAAGUAAUCUUAUUUAUUCUUCCUAUAUAAAACGUGUAGAAAUUUGUCAGUUUAUUUUCUUAUAAAUAAGUAGAUGAUUAAGAGUAACUUCUUAAGUU